AUGGAAAGAGGUAUCCAUGGCCAAAUAUACGGGUGUGCUUUGAUCAUUUGGUUUGUGUUUGAAGUUCCCUAUAUUGUGACUGCAUACAUCAAGCAGUAUCAGUACAGCCAGGAGUUUCAGGAGAAUCCCAACCUUGGGCAGAUUGAUUACCCUUGGGUGGUGGAUGUUACUUUUGUUUGGGUCAGGUUUGCAUUUUCUGGCAUUUUACCCAUUUUGACAUUUGCAUGGAAGAAAGAGCUGUGGAGAAGCUGGAAAGAUAUGGUUUUAUGUCGCCGGAGCAACUCGGUGACUGAUUUGGAAACUUCUUCAAAUCCUCAUUUAAAGAAGAAGAAUCUGAAUGUUGCAAAUAUCAAAACUAGAGAGAGAGAAAAGAUUGAGUCACCAAGUGCUUUGACAUUUAAUGUUCCAGUAUUGUUUGCCACAGCCAAUGGCAUCCAUGUACAGACUGAGGAAGGUAACAUGACAGACUCUGAUAUUUUCUAUGCUGAGAUGCCCUCAACAACCAGAUCCUCGUCAGAAUUGAAAUUUCUGAAGGGAAAGAAGUUGGAUGUGAGUGCGUUAGAGUUUAUUCCCCCAGACACAAGUGACUAUGACUCCAACAGUGAGGAUGAUGUGCCCGAUCAGUAUUCACUUUCGCAGCCGAUAUCAACACGGCAGUUAGAUCACAAUGACCUUGACAAGGUCAGUCGGUCUUCAUCUCAACCAGAUGUACAGACUGAAAAAAGAAACAGCAGCAGAGUGUCGAGUGUACGACCUUUUGAAGGUAAGCUCACUGCUCUAUCCUAUGGGACAGACUCUGGCCUUGACCUUAGUGGCACAUCACGAUGUCAUGAGGCUUUGACAAAGAGGAAUAAACUCAACAAAGACAAUCUGGUUAGCAUGAAUGUAGACAAUGGGCAAGAACUACAGACAUAUGUGGUUUCAGGGGGGAAAUUGGAGGAUUCAUGUGAUAAGAAAGACUCUGCCAAAUCUGAUAUAGCUCAAGAUGUCAGCUCAACUUUUACUGUUAGUGAUUCAACUGUUGAACAGAAAUCCACUGAAAACUCACUUGGUGCAACAUUUACUCAUUCAGAAGUGCCUCAGCAAAGAAACUCCGAUACAACCAGGUCAUCACAACAAUCAAAUGUCACCAAAAAGCCACCAUUGCACCUGGAGCCUUUGGCUUCCCCAACAAAUGCUGAUAGAAAUGAAUUUCCUCAGAUCAGGAAGAAAAGGGUAAAACAAAUGAAAUCUCUGCAACAUGGUGUAAAACCUGUUGGUGAACAGGAGUCAGUUUCAGGAAAGGAUCAGGAUGGUAAGGAAUCCAGAUCAGGAAACAAGAAGUCUUCCAAGCCUGGUCACAAAAGGCAAGGAACUGCUGACAGUCAGAGAGCUCUGCUUGGGUCAUCCAGUUCAGCUGAACUCCAGGACAUGAAAACUGAGUUGCAGAAGAUGGAAUCUAGGGCGGAACAGGUGUCUGUUUCGGGGCAGCGUGCAGAUGGAUCAUCUGAGUUGCCAGCCACGUCUUCAUAGAGCAUCAUGGACACACCUCCAAGGAAGCUGUAGAACUUUGGCGAGCUUCUACCUGACAUCCAAGCCAUCCAGAGUUAUAUUUCUACUGCUACCCCCAUGCAGCACCCUGUCAGCUGCCAGUGUGGACUCCAGGCAGAUACACUGAUACACAGACUGAUAUAAAUAGUGUAUGUAUGGAUUAGUUGAUACAUUGUCCCCUCACAGCGAUGUGGGAACGGAGCAUGCCUUCUUCUGUACAAGUUCAUUCUUGUGUGAAUGUUGUUGUUCAGUAUGUAAAGUAUAAAUAUGGUUGCAAUGAUGAAGUAACUUUCUGGCAUGCACUGGCAAAUAAGAAAAUAGUGUUUGAAGCAGUCCAUUAUGUUGAAAGGGAGAUUGGGGAAAAGGGUUGUUUUAGUUGUUUUGGGGACAGACCAUGAUUUUGGUCGCUUUUGGUCAAAACAUACUUUUAUUCUGAAUAGUGAACCCUUACAAAUUCAAUGUAGUUUACACACCAUCCAGUGGACAAUUUUGGUAACAGGCCCUCCAAUCCCCUCUUCUGCCUGUUUGUGAUGACAUGUGAAAAAUUAGUUUUUUCAUUAUUUAUCUUGUGUAUGUUGCCUUGAUAACUAGUGAACAGUGACUUGUUUCUAGUAAAGGUUGCAUUUGCCUCCUCCAAGUGCCAUUACAAUGACAUUAUGUAAAACUGGUCUACAAGCCUUGAAAUGUACUUUAGAAGUGCAGUGCACUCAUUGACUUCUGCCAAACAAAUGUAUCUGUAUACUACGCAGUCCCAGUGUGAACAUAUUCCUCAGUAUUGAUUGGCACUUGCAUAGCUAAACAUUGAGUAAAUGACCAUUUGAAACAUUGCCACAUCAAUCGCUUGACGCCACAGAAGUCUGUGAAGCUUUGUACAGUUACUCCUGACUUUGCAAUGUUAGAAUUUAGACGUGUGAUAUAUAAAUAAUAUGUGGACAGCAUUGUUGUGGAUCUGCAGUACAAUGUGUGUUGAAACUUCAAAUAUUUGUUUUUGGAUGUCAGAGUGACAUUUCUCGGGUACAGGGUAUGCCACAGAUUAUGUUGUUGUCGAUCAGUUAUAUGCGUCAAUACUUUGUGUUGUAAGUUGUAGUUCAAAAACAUGCCAUAGUAUUUGGGUCACAGAUCGAAAUAUGUGCACUUGGCUGUGUUGACAAGAUAACAUGAUUCCUGGUUGAGAUGUGUACAGUGAAAUUUCCAAAGUAGAAACCCACUUGUUGUAGCAUGCCUCUUCUGAGUUGAACACAUGCACAUGAACACAACUAAACAAUUGCUCUACCGUGAUUGUGAUCAUGGUAAAAUCUUCUUUAAUUAUGAUAUGUUUGAUACAUUCAAAGUAUGUUAUAUGCAACAUAUGUUAUAUUUGGGAUUACACUUCUCAGUAAAGUACAGAUUCUAGUACUUUUGUUGGGUUGAGUCCCAUGCGGGAUUCGAACCCACACCCUUGG